GCUUUCUCGCGGGGUGGGAAUCCACCACAAAGACCACAAAAAGCAGCCCGGAGCCGUGUCUGAAGUGAAUAACUGAAGGGAAACCCAUUUACUGCUAUUAAUACCGCUGCUAAAAUAAGCAAGCCGUGCCCUGGAGACAGUCAGGACCCCUCUAAGAAUUUAAGCCCUGCACCUGGUUUGUUUAUUUGUUUGGUCUGAAGAAGGGCAGAACAACAGAAAGAAAAGGAGGGGAGAGCUUUCUUGUCUCCUCCCGGCUGCUCCCCGGAGGCAGAAAUGGGAUUUUAUGUUUACGAAGUUGCAGCCUUUUCCGUGAGCUCCAGGUGCCCGAGGACUUGGAAGGAGUGAGAGGCAGAGUUAAUGAGGUUGUUCACCUCCAAGAACAAGCAAUACCCAGACUGAAGGGAAAUACGCUGUGUGAAAAAUCAGAGAACUCCUUUUUUUUGUUUGUUUUUUAAAUUUUUCUUCGGAGAAGCUGAUUUCCCCUGGCAAGAGGGGGAAGGUGGAGAGAAUGAAACCAAGCCUGCGAUUUUUCUUCGCUGGUUUUCUGUCGCUGAUUCUGCAGACGGGGCUUUGCUAUGGGAUAAAAUGGAUAGCUCUGUCCAAGACCCCCUCGGCUCUGGCCCUGAACCAGACCCAGCACUGCAAGCAGCUGGAGGGGCUGGUGGUGUCCCAGGUGCAGCUGUGCCGCAGCAACCUGGAGCUGAUGCAGACCAUCAUCCAGGCGGCACGGGAGGUCAUCAAGACCUGCCGCAAAACCUUCUCGGACAUGCGCUGGAACUGCUCCUCCAUUGAGCUGGCUCCCAACUACCUGCUGGACCUAGAGAGAGGCACAAGGGAGUCAGCAUUUGUGUAUGCCCUUUCUGCUGCUGCCAUCAGCCACACCAUUGCCAGAGCCUGCACCACCGGGGACCUCCCUGGCUGUUCCUGUGGUCCCAUCCCAGGUGAGACACCUGGACCUGGGUAUCGAUGGGGAGGAUGUGCAGACAACCUCAACUAUGGUCUUAUCAUGGGGUCCAAAUUUUCAGAUGCUCCCAUGAAGAUGAAAAAAUCAGGAUCACAAGCCAAUAAACUGAUGCAUCUGCACAACAGUGAAGUAGGGAGACAGGUCUUGAAAGCCUCUCUUGAAAUGAAAUGUAAGUGCCAUGGAGUUUCUGGGUCAUGCUCUAUCAAGACCUGUUGGAAAGGCCUUCAAGAGCUGCGAGACAUUGCACUGGACCUCAAAAACAAGUAUUUAUCUGCCACCAAGGUCGUUCACCGGCCCAUGGGCACACGCAAAUACCUCGUGCCAAAGGAUAUUGAUGUCAGGCCAGUUAAGGAGACAGAGCUGAUUUACCUGCAGAGCUCGCCUGAUUUCUGCAUGAAGAACGAGAAAGUGGGGUCACAUGGCACCCAGGACAGACAGUGCAACAAGACUUCCAACGGGAGCGACAGCUGCGACCUGAUGUGCUGUGGCAGAGGGUACAACCCCUACAUGGACAAAGUGGUGGAGAGGUGCCACUGCAAGUACCACUGGUGCUGCUACGUGACCUGCAAGAAGUGCGAGAGGACUGUCGAGAGAUACGUGUGCAAGUGAACCCCCUCCCCUGCCCCCCAGAGCUGAGACAGCAGCACCAGCACCACCCAGAGAACAGAAAACAUUGCCUUCACCAGGGGCCAUUUAUCUUGCAAAGACACAGACUCGAGGGGAGCUGGCAGGAGGAAAAGCGAGCAAUCACACCAGCAAGAAUAAGACCCUUAAAAAAAAACCUCCCAAAAAACCCCAAAAAGCAACAAACCCACAAAUGUUCCCCCCCCAUCAACAAAAUGCUCUCUGAGAAGACAAAGCCUCGUUUGGGAUGGUAUUUCCUUCAAAAAUACUUCCUAUGGUUGCCAGUGACGUCCAGCCAUCGAGUGCCUCAGUGUUCUGGGAAACAAAAGUAGAAACUUUCCCCAGGGGAAGAAAAGCAACUCCUGUUUGACAGUAAGUGAGGCUCCCACCUGCCUGUGCCUUCCAGCACAGGGACUGAGUCUCCAUCGGGACCAUCCCGGAAGGGAAAACACCACAACUUUACAGCAAUAACUUUGUUGCCAAAGACUUCAUUUUUAGCCGGGAAUCACCCACUGGGAAUGAUAAAGGUGGAAAGGUUUCAGGUCAAUCCCCUGAAAGGAACAACUCAUUUUAUUCUUGCUUUUACACAGGUCUGCUGCAGGAAGGGCUGUCCUUGAUUUGUCCAGGCUGGAUGGGUGUUCAAAUUCAGCCGUGGAAAAAGUCCCCUGGGACUGGGAGCCCCUGGGGGCAGGGAGUGUAGGGCAGCCUGAGAAGGACCUUUUGGGGCCCACGAGACAGCAGUGGGGCUGUUAGGACACAACAACAAAGUGAAGUCAGAACCCAGCAGGAAAGCAAGACAAAAAGCAAGCCCCUGCUCUCUUUCUGUUUGCCCUUUGGGUGUGGAGCCCUCGGUCGCUGCCACUGUCCCACGCUGGGCCAGCAAGUCCUCGGGGAAAUGUGCCACUGGCUCUUUUCCCUGGGCAGAACUGUCGGUCCAACCCCAGGACCCCGUGGAGAGCGGGGCAGUGCUGGCUGCAGGGGGGGCAGCCCUGGAGGGCAGCAGCCAUUCCCAGCAGAAGGCAGUGGGAACGUGUCAGUCCCUGCCCCGGCACAGCAGAGAACCACUACCUGUGGCUGUAAAUAUUUCCUUUUGUACGCGGCUAUACGGCAAUAUUUAUAUCUCGUGCUUUCCUCUACUCUACUCCCUACGUAAACAUAUCUAUGUAUAUAAACAAGCAUUACCCAGAGUGUGAAACGAGCGCUGGAGUUAUGGGGCAGCAGCACAACGUUAGAUGAUGGUGUUUCCUGCUUGGAAAGCAGCUCUGAUUUUCCUCCCAGGGAUGGGGGAAGAGCAAGGCUGGAGGCACUCGAGAAGUUCCUCUAUUCCCUGCCUCCCCUGCCUCUUCAUUUGGAGCAGAAUCAGCCAAGAUACAGCCAAGACAAUGAAGCAGAGCACUGGGAGAAGGGAAGAGUCACCGCUGUUGUUUUGCUGUUUUAUCAGUGACUCCUCUCGUUGGGAACAUUCCCCAGUGCCCCCGAGGAGCUCAACAACAAACAGGACCAACUCCUCUCCUGGGGGUUUGCUCCUGGCUCCUGCACAUGGACAGGGGGUGCUGUGCAGAGCAGCUUCUGCCUUAGGUUUGGUUCCCUUUGCAGUG